CCGAAGUCCCCAAUUUCAGCGCCAAUUUUCUCUCUUCUCCAGCACUCCAGCGCGCAGGACCUCUCCUUGGAGAUGUGGUACGGUCGCGUGGCUCUGCGUCGGCUCCAGCGGAUCGCAGUCGCUCCGUUGAGUGUUGGUAGUAGCUUAACGCGCGCCGCGCAGAGGGAGAUGUCGUCGUUACCGCGGGUAUACAUCACCCGGCAGAUCCCGCCGGAGGGACUGAGAAUCCUUCGGGAGUCAGGACAGGUGCAGUUUGAUAUUUGGGACUCAGAUGAUGUGCCAGUACCUCGGAAGGAGUUGCUGAAAAAGGUCAAAGGUGUCGACGGACUGGUCUGCGUGCUCACAGAGAAGAUUGAUGCUGAACUAUUGGAUGCUGCAGGUCCAAACCUAAAGGUCCUGAGCACCAUGUCAGUGGGCUUUGACCACCUCUCCCUUGAGGAAUUAAAGAAAAGGAGGAUCCGUGUGGGCUACACUCCUGAUGUCCUGACGGAUGCAGUGGCUGAACUGACCGUUGCUCUGUUGCUGACCACAUCCAGAAGACUCGUAGAGGCCACACACGAAGCCAAGACUGGGGGCUGGGGGACGUGGAGAACCCUGUGGUUGUGUGGGUAUGAACUGGCUAACAGCACCGUGGGGAUUCUGGGACUGGGGCGGAUCGGGGUGGCCAUCGCCGAACGUCUGAAGCCUUUUAAGGUGAAGAAGUUCAUCUACACAGACGUGGCACCCAGACCAGAACUGGCCCGGAUGAUAGAUGCAGAAUAUGUGUCUAUGGACGAGUUGGCCCGUCAGUCUGACUUCCUGGCGGUGUGCUGUGCCCUGACCCCAGAGACCAAAGAGAUCUGCAACAAGGACCUAUUCUCCAAGAUGAAGAACACUUCCAUCUUCAUCAACACCAGCAGAGGAGGGGUCGUGCACCAGGAGGACCUGUAUGAGGCUCUGUCCAGUGGUCAGAUAGCUGGAGCCGGAUUGGACGUGACGGUCCCAGAACCACUUCCUACCAGCCACCCCCUCUUCACCCUGAAGAACUGUGUGAUCCUCCCCCACAUCGCCAGUGCAUCCUACACCACCCGCAACGCCAUGUCAGCCCUGGCUGCCAAUAACCUGCUCCUCGGCCUGAAGGGAGAACCAAUGAUCAAAGAGCUCAAGUUGUAGCAGCCAAUCGACUGCUCCGGAACCCCGGAGAACCAAUAACCUGUGUCAGAACAACAGAGAUCCACUCACGUCGUCUCUCUAUAGGUCCCUGGUUAAAUCAGUUUAAAUAUAUCAGUAUUUACUAAUUUAGGAUGUUUUUCAUUUGAGUUUUGAAAUAAUAAAUGUCCACAAUUAAAGUGAAA